AUGAUAACUUGCAUAACAGAAGACAAUUUUGACCGUCGAAAGCCACACAAGUAUCGUGACAACAAUAAAUCCCCUGAACGACAACACCGAAGACAUAAUUCAAAUUCCGACGAUGAUGAUCGUAGAAAAAGACCAAGGCAUGACCGCAGGGACAACUCAAGACAUCAAGGCAAAUCAGAUGCUGAUCACGUAUGGGGCACUAAAGACUCGUCUAGUGAAAAGAAACCGGUAGCAAAAAAAGAAGAACCGAAUUUUGAAACUACUGGCAAGUUAGCUGAGGAUACAAAUACUUUUAAUGGUGUAGUUAUAAAGUAUAGUGAGCCAGCUGAGGCGAGAAAACCGAAACGACGCUGGCGAUUAUACCCAUUCAAAGGAGAGAAACAAUUACCUGUAUUACACAUACACAGACAAAGUGGGUAUUUACUCGGACGUGAUCGUAAAGUGGCAGACAUACCAAUAGAUCAUCCGUCGUGUUCAAAACAGCACGCAGCUCUUCAAUACAGGUUGGUUUCAGCCAAAAAAGAUGGGCGCCAUGUCAGAUGUAUUCGGCCAUAUAUUAUUGAUUUAGAGUCAGCUAAUGGCACUUAUGUUAAUAACCAGCGCAUAGAUUCUAAAAAAUAUGUGGAAUUGAUGGAGAAAGACGUCGUUAAAUUUGGGUUCAGUUCUAGGGAAUAUGUGCUUUUACACGAACAUAGCACGGAUUCUGGAGAUGAUGAUAGUCUUGCUGAAGACAAUCCAAACGAGGAAUCCAAUGCAGAUUAA